GCUGCUCCGUCAGUAGAGGUUUCGCUUCACUGCCGGACAGAGGCCACACGCCAGCUGCUCUUCCUCUUUGCUUUCUUCCCAGGAGGUGCUGCUCCCUUAAAAUUUUGGGCUGAAGAUUUUGUGGUCGUGAAGAAGAUUAAGGUUCAAAAGUUAGUCGGAGCGUUUUAGCAGCGAUCAAGUGCCGAUUUUGACUUGUGGAACUUUUUUUUUUUUGACAGCUAUUGUGGAGUUCGUUCUCAAUUGGAUCAUUCGCGCCGCGCGCCGAGAGUGUAUUGUGAAUCAACUUUGCAUGAAUGGCGAUUUGAAGGUUAGCCGUCAUUGUUUGCGCGGUGACAAAUGGAAAUGCUCGUAAUUUAAAUGCAGUUUUAAGUGCUAAUCAAAACAGAUCCGCCUAAAACAACAGUGAGUGACACAGAGUUAUUGAGUGUAAAAGAAGAAAAACACAUACAAAUACAACGCUAUUUACAACAGAGAAAAAUAGUAGCAGAAAAAAAGAGUGUUCGGAAUUGCGGUCAUUCCUGCAAAGAAACAGAGAAAAAACGCGAAGAAGAAGAGUCGAUCGACUGAUCGACGACGACGAACGAAGAAAAGAGCCAAAUUGAUUCGCGAUCUCCCGAAGGCACCUCACGACGACGGCGACGACGAGAAGAAAUUCCUGCUGGAUCCAUUCGUUCGUGUGUCCAUCGUCGUCAUCUUGGUCUUUUUUCCGUUGUUUUGGUGUGUGCGAGCGCUCGCUGCUAUCCCGUUGUCUGUGUCUGGUUGUGCUUUCCCGCAGCGCUAAAGUUGGUGAUUACGUUUGGCUGUGUGUGUGUGUCUGUGUAAGAGAGUCUGGAGGAGAAAAGCUGGCUUAAAAAAUCGAGUUCGUCGCUUGGAAGACCUGAGAAAUUCCUUGCGCGAUUUACUCUCUGGAAUUUAAAAAAGAAACAAAAUUUGGCGAAAACAGUACGCGCGAGUGACUCAAAGUGGGUCGAAAUUAGGUACUCCUGAGUGUAUUUUCGGCAUAGUGCGCGUGCGCAAGCAAAGCCAACUGCGUUUUGCAUAAAAUUUAAAGUACUGGAAAAAAGUCGUGGGCGGUAGCAGUUCUUAUUGGAAGCACUGCACUGAGAUAGCUGUAUGCAGUGGAACGGGUCGAUUUGAUCUGGUGAAUUUUCCAGCUGGAAAAUACAUGGAGGAUUAAGACAGAACAAAAAUCAAACAGCACAAAAAAAGCUAAACCCACCUGAUUGAGAGAAAGAACGAAUAACUGCCGAAGCGAAAUAUUAGCUGGACUGGAGAAGCCCCGCGGAGCAAGCUAUAAAUUUGAAGACACCCCCCGCCCCGUAAACCCUCGCCCCCACCCACCGGCACGAAUGUUAUGGAACUGCGCACGAUGACCACCCCGAAGCAACAGCGCGAGGACCGGCGGUACUCGAUGCCCCACGGAAUGCACGGCACGUUACCCCCGGGCGCGUCCGACGAUCUGCACGCGUGGUCCAUUUACAGACAAAACCUCAACUCAGACUUUGCCGACUCGGCGCUCGGUUCGUCGGACAAAUCCCCGCAGCCAUACAGCCCCCAGCACCGCAGCAAUGGCUACCGGGACGAUUCGGCCGCCAUCUCGAACCACCCCCGCUACGGCGGCCCCAAAGCGAACCCGCUCAACUCCAACAUGUACACCUACCUCAAGUUUGGCCUGCCGCGGGUCUUCCCGCCGAACGGAGGCCGGGGGCCGCGUAACUCGUCCAAGGCGAACGGGCGUGGCCGCGUGAACCGGGGCUAUCGGGACAGUAGCGGACCCGGGCCGGGAUCGUCCGGGUACGACAGCAGCGAUAACGAAACCAACCGGGGUCGAGUGCCAGCUAAUUUAAGCAGAAAAUACCGCAGCGAAUCGGAUUUCCGUGCAAUUGGGGCGACCGCCUCGCGGCCAAGCUCCCGCGCCCAGAACAUUCCCCUGGCGGCGCUCAAGCAGGCCAACAGCCGGGCCAGUAUAGCGGGGACGCACGUGUACAAUCCGUACGCGACGAACGUGCGGCAGCAUCACAACAUGCGUUCGCAGAGCGAAGCGGACCUGCUGGCCGAGUGGGACUACGACGACUCUCCGGCGUACGGCGAGACGCGGAUGUACCCGGAGGAGAUCUACAACACCCAGAGCCGGAGGCACUCGAUCGCGGGGCUGGUCUACCCGAACAUUCAGGUGCACUGUCUGGACGUGCUGCCCGGGUUGAGAGGAGUUUCGCUGCAGGCCAAGGCCGGGGACCUGUUUGCCAUCAUGGCCACGUCGGGUCGCGAGGGAACCGCGCUGGUCGAGGCGUUGGCCGGAGUUCGCAAACGAAUGGCCGGAGAAAUCCUGGUCAACGGUCGUCAGGUCAACCGACGCAUACUCCGACAGCUGUGCGGGUACGUUCCCGCGCUGGACAAAGCUCCGCUGGAUCCCCGGAUGAGCGUCCAAAGCACACUCUCGUUCCACGCGGCACUCCGCGGUCCGUACGACCGCAGUGACCUCGAGGAGCGCGUUGACAUCCUCGUGGAAGACCUCGGCCUGACGGCAGUCCGUUCAGCCAACGUGUCCCGCCUGACUCACUCGGAAAAGCAGCGACUGAAUGUGGCCUGCCAACUGCUGACGCAAUCCUCGAUACUGCUGCUCGACCAGACCACCGUCAACAUGGACAUCUUCGACACGUUCUUCCUGGUGGAGUACCUGCGGCAAUGGUGCAGCGCCGGCCGGAUGGUCAUCAUGACCCUGCAACCGCCGACCUUCGAGAUCCUGUCCAUGUGCUCCGGAGUGUUGCUACUUUCCGGCGGUCGCACCGUUUACUCCGGCAGCCGCGCGGAUCUUCCGCGACACAUGGGCCAGCUGGGCUAUCCCUGUCCACCGUUCAAAAAUCCGGCCGAUUACUACCUGGAUCUGGUCACGCUGGACGACCUGUCGGCGGCUGCGCUGCUCGAGUCGUCCGCCCGGAUCGAGUCCCUGGCCAACUCGUGGGACCACGUCAACUCGGAACCACCGCUCGCCGCUCCCGUUGCCAACAUGCCCGAACCGACCAAGAGUGCCGGCUUCUUCGGACAGAUCAAUGCCCUUGCCAAGAGGUACAUGUCCUACAAACAACCCGGAUCGCUGCUCAACUGGAUCAGCCGGCUUAUCCUGGCUGCCGUACUCUCCCUGCUCGUGGGAACCGUUUUCUGGGAUGUCCCUGCAUCCGAUCCGCAGUUAAACCUGAACGACCGACUAGGCUUCCUCCACUGCAUCAUGAUGGUCGCGCUGUGGCCCCUGCUGAUCCUGCAGAUCCGCGACGUCCAGGAGGACCGACGGCACGCCGAAAAGGACCUCCGGCUGGGGCUGUACGGCCGCUUCCUGUACAUCAUCAUCCAAACGACGCUGAGCGUCCUGCCAAGUCUGUGCAUCUGGCUGGCGUACCUUCUGCCGGCCCACAGCAUGGCCGGCCUGUACUCGUCCUCGAGUAACAACGACAUGGGAAUCUACCUGUACAUGGGUUACAUGCUCCUCUACCUAAUGGCCAUACAGACGAUCGUGCUGUUCGUCGCGCACCUCGUGUCCUGCGGCAUCUCCGGCACGAUCCUGACCACGCUGAUGCUGCUGGCCGUGUCCAGCCUCGGCGGGUACGCGCUCCACUCGCGCAACAUUCCCGACUUCCUGCGGUGGGGCGAGGUGCUCUCGCUGGAGAAGUGGAUCCUGCCGCUGCUGACCGAGCAGGAGUACAGCCCGGAAACGAUCGCCGCGCUGACGAGCCAGCAGAUGUGCCGGAACAAGCAGGUCCAGCACCAGGAGAUCAUCGUGCAGCAGCCGUGCCCGCCGCCAAAUGGCACCGCCGUCCUGGUGGACUACCAGCUGCUGGCGCGCGACCACGUGCUCGACCCGACCGACAUGUACUCGUCGACGGUGCUGGGGCUGCUGAUCACGUGCAUCCUCUUUUUCGCGCUCACCAUGGUCGUCUUUCUCGCCAACUGCCAGCACCUGUUCCGGAGGCGCGUCGACCGGCGGCAGAAGCGGAUCUAAUCUGUGCGGCAAUUAAGAAAGAAAAAAGGGAAGGAGUUGUUGUAUCAUUCACGAGCUUAGGAUUAUAAGUAGAUUCGGACAAUUGACGGAAAGAAAGAAAUGUUUUAGUUGAUUAUUUUAUUUAAUGGAAAUUAAUAGUUUGUAUUGCUUUUUGUAUAGUUGUAAGGCAGAACAAUCUAAGAAACGGCAAAUUAUUUAAGAUUUUAAUUGAAUGUUUUAGACGGAAUUCUGAUGCGAGGGUAUGUGCGUUACGUUUUCGGCAAAGCUGCGGUUGACGUGCUAACGCUUGAAAAACGUAAUCUUUUAUUCAGAGUAAGCGAGUGCAAGAAGAAUGGAAAUAGAUGAAAACAUAUAUAUGUAUUUUAAAAACAGACCAUUAGCUGUAUUGAGAUUUAAGUAGCAAGAAUGCACGAAGGCAUUUAGAUAAAAAAGGAAUUUGAAGAAUGCUCUUAGUUGAAUAAAGUUCAUUUAUUUUUAAUAAA